CCAGAGCGCGGGCGGGGCGGGCCGAGCGCGGGCUUCCGGCGGGGCCCGGCAGGCGCCGAGGAGGAAGAGCGAACCCGGACGGCGCCUCUCAGCCGAGGGUGGGCGCAGCCAGGAUGACGACUUCAGGCGCUCUGUUCCCAAGCCUGGUGCCAGGCUCUCGGGGGUCCUCCAACAAGUAUUUGGUGGAGUUUCGGGCAGGGAAAAUGUCACUGAAAGGCACUACCGUCACUCCAGAUAAACGGAAAGGGCUCGUGUACAUCCAGCAGACCGACGACUCUCUCAUCCACUUCUGCUGGAAGGACAGGACAUCAGGGACCGUGGAAGACGACUUGAUCAUCUUCCCCGAUGACUGUGAGUUCAAGCGCGUGCCUCAGUGCCCCAGCGGGAGGGUCUAUGUGCUCAAGUUCAAGGCUGGGUCCAAGCGGCUCUUCUUCUGGAUGCAGGAGCCCAAGACCGACCAGGAUGAGGAGCACUGCCGGAAAGUCAACGAGUACCUGAACAACCCCCCGAUGCCUGGGGCCCUGGGGGCGAGUGGGAGUGGGGGCCACGAGCUGUCAGCGCUGGGUGGUGAGGGUGGCCUGCAGAGCCUGCUGGGGAACAUGAGUCACAGCCAGCUCAUGCAGCUCAUCGGACCAGCCGGCCUUGGAGGACUGGGUGGCCUCGGGGCUCUGACUGGGCCAGGUCUGGCCAGCUUGCUGGGCAGUGGCGGGCCUCCUGCUAGCAGCUCUUCGUCCAGCUCCCGGAGCCAGUCGGCAGCGGCCACCCCAUCCUCCACCACCUCUUCUGCCCGUGCCACCCCAGCCCCCUCUGCCCCAGCAGCCGCCUCGGCGACCAGUCCAAGUCCUGCGCCCAGCUCAGGUAAUGGAACCAGCGCAGCAGCCAGCCCAACCCAGCCCAUCCAGCUGAGCGACCUCCAGAGCAUUCUGGCCACCAUGAAUGUGCCGGCUGGGCCUGGAGGCGGCCAACAAGUGGACCUCGCCAGUGUGCUAACGCCAGAGAUCAUGGCGCCCAUCCUCGCCAACGCCGACGUCCAGCAGCGCCUGCUGCCCUACCUGCCCUCCGGGGAGUCACUGCCCCAGACUGCAGAGGAGAUCCAGAGCACACUGACCUCGCCCCAGUUCCAACAGGCCCUGGGCAUGUUCAGUGCGGCCUUGGCCUCGGGGCAGCUGGGGCCCCUCAUGUGCCAGUUUGGCCUUCCUGCAGAGGCCGUGGAGGCCGCCAACAAGGGCGAUGUGGAAGCGUUUGCCAAAGCCAUGCAGAACAGCGCCAGACCCGAGCAGGAGGGCGAUGCGAAAGACAAGAAGGACGACGAGGAGGACAUGAGUCUGGACUGAGGCGGGUGUGGCCACGGGGCCGCCUGCUCCGUGGUGGCGCUCCCACCCACUCCUCUCUUCAGACCUCCUGAUAAAUAAAGGUCCUUUCUUUUACCUGC